AUGGUUGUGCGAGCCAAGAAUCGGAGCGGUUAUGUGUUUUUGCAACGAACUGCUAUGGGUUUACAAUAUCUAUCUAAUAUUGAAACUAACGAGACAGAACAUCCCUAUUAUGUGGUGUCUUUGUACUCGCGAAUUGUUCUUGAUUUGACACCCUUUGCUGCCGACAGAGCACUGCGACUUCGUCGCAAUACUUCACUGAUACCUCAGUAUCGCGUGAAGACAUGGUCAGAGGUGUGCUGCAGCCCGCAUCCGGGUCCGAUGCUGUCUCAGAAACGGCUGUUCAUUGAUCAGCCACUCAUGCUAAUUAAUUUCCUAUGGAAUCUACUCUUGCUCGGUUUGGCAAUUAGAAAUGGGGAAAACGAUCGCAAUCCACCUGUUCACUGA